AUGAAGAUGAGAAUUGUAUCUGGCUCUUCGCUCUUCCUCGCUUCCCUUGCUCUCUCUUCUUCUUCCACUCUCGCCGCCCCGGUCGGCGAGUCUUCAAAGUCUAACACUCACAGUCAGUCGGCAUCGAAGGAGGCUGGUUCCUCCUCCAACACUCUAACUCGUCGAGUCGAUGUACCCCAAGGCUGCCAGCUCCACAACUCAGUAAACGGCUUACCUUUCAUCGGGCCCAACAUCGGGUCCAUGACCGGCGCCCUCGGCCUCUGCUCCCCCGAUAACGCGGCCAGCCCCCUCCCGGACAACGCAGCCGUCAACGCGGUCUCCACCAACACCGACCCGUGCAGGGCCGGUGACAUCCUCACCAACCUGCCGAUCGUCGGCAGCGCACUCGUGCCCCUCGUCGACGCGGUACACAUGUGCCACCGCAAGGUCCCGCCGGCGACGAGCCGACGCGUCCUCACUACCUACGAAAUCGUCCAGAUCCAGGACGCCGUGAGCAGCGCUGUUGCGAGCCUCGGGGACGCCGCGCGCACGUCUGCUGCCAGUGCGGCGGAGAGCGGGAAGCCUACGGGUGUGCCGGUCAAUAUGGUGAUCGAGGCAUCAAUCGACACACCCUCCCUCCCAUUCCAGGGUUCAUCCAGCGCCCCUGCUUCGCCGUCCACCAGCACUUCUUCCAUGACAGCCGAUUCCCUCCCAACACUAAGCAUGCCUGUCGCUCUCCCCAUUACACCCUCGCCUUCGCUGCCCGUCAGCGCACCCACUCCCUCUGGCGUCGCUGCUCCCGCGCUGCCAUCGAUACUCGUGGUUGACAACAUCGUGCUGCCUGUAGCCAGUGAUGUACCGGCCCUUCCAAUCUCGCUGCCUGCCUCCGGCAUGCCGAGCCCUUCCCUGCCCGUCUCCCUUCCAGCGGCGGUCCCGACGAGCGUGCUCUCGUCUGCGCCGUCGAUGGUGCCCCGCGACCUCCCCGUGCCGGUUCCCAGCAUCGCAAUGCCUCCGUUUCCUAUCGUUCCCCCGGCGCUUCCUAUCUCUUUCCCUGUCUCCAUUCCCUCUCCACCUGUGUCCGCACCCUCUCUUCCGGUCGCCGUUCCCUCUAACCUCCCUCGCGGCCUUCCCAAUCUCCCCGUAUCUCUCCCGAUACCUUCGCUGCCGAUAUCAGCGCCCUUCGCAUCCAUGUCUGCGCCUUCCCUAUCAGUGACUGCACAAGGCGAGGUAUCCACGGACGCCGCAGAGGUGCCCAGGCCAAUAACCGCCCCCGGCCCCCUUCCCGUCAAGCCUCCCGUCGCUCCCAUCCAACCUCCUGCAGUGCCAAUCUCACCAUCUGCCUCGCUCCCCGUCACGAAGCCCACGCUGCCCGCGUCCAUGACGACGAACGUCAACUUCCCCCGCGAUGUUCCCUCUGGCUCGCCGACCCCAUCAUCGAUGCCUGUCCCCCCACCCGUCUCCCCCUCGGCGCCUGCCACCCCAUCGCAGUCUAAUGUCGCGCAGGCAAACGCGAACGCUAUCCUCCCGAAUGACCUCCCGCCGCUGCUGAAGCCCUCGGGCGUGGAUAGCCUGAGGAGUGUGAUGGCAAGUCUGAGCGCUGCUGUGCCUACGGGGAGUGCGUCGGCCGUCAAGUAUGCACAGGCAUAG